AUAGCCAUGGACUCUUUGGACCGAGUCGUAAAGCCCAAAACGAAAAGAGCAAAGAGAUUCCUUGAGAAGAGAGAACCAAAACUCAGUGAAAAUAUUAAAAAUGCAAUGUUGAUUAAAGGGGGAAAUGCGAAUUCAAUGGCCACAGUACUUAGAGAUGUGUAUGCGCUGAAAAAACCGUAUGGUGUUCUGUAUAAAAAGAAAAACAUUACAAGACCAUUUGAGGAUCAGACAUCAUUGGAAUUCUUUUCAAAGAAGUCAGAUUGUUCUUUAUUUAUGUUUGACUCCCAUAAUAAGAAGCGGCCAAAUAAUCUAGUAAUAGGUCGUAUGUAUGAUUACCAUGUGCUGGAUAUGAUUGAAUUAGGUAUCGAGAAGUUUGUCUCUCUAAAAGAUGUUAAGAAUAGUAAAUGUCCCGAGGGAAUAAAAGCCAUGUUAAUAUUUGCUGGUGAUGAUUUUGAUGUAACAGAAGACUAUAGAAGGCUGAAAAAUCUUAUUGAUUUCUUCAGAGGCCCCACAGUAUCAAAUAUCCGUCUGGCUGGUUUAGAGUAUGUUCUACACUUCACUGCACUGAAUGGGAAAAUUUACUUCCGAAGCUAUAAGUUGCUGCUGAAGAAAUCCGGUUGUAGAACACCAAGGAUUGAAUUGGAAGAGAUGGGGCCCUCGUUGGACCUGGUUCUGAGGAGGACACGUCUGGCUUCAGAUGAUCUUUAUAAAUUAUCUAUGAAAAUGCCAAAAGCCCUCAAGCCAAAGAAGAAGAAAAAUGUCUCCCAUGAUACUUUUGGUACAACUUAUGGAAGGAUUCAUAUGCAGAAGCAAGACCUAAGCAAACUACAAACCAGGAAAAUGAAGGAGUUGAAGAAGCGACCUGCAAAAAGGAUAACAGAAGACCAGGAGAAAAAAUCAAAGAGAAUUAAAAAAAAUUGA